UUGCCGCAUCUACUGCGAGAAUGAAGACCAUUCUCAGCAAUCAGACUGUCGACAUUCCGGAAAAUGUCGACAUCACCCUCAAGGAACGCACAGUUAUUGUGAAAGGCCCCAGAGGAACCCUGCGGAGGGACUUCAAUCACAUCAAUGUAGAACUCAGUCUCCUUGGAAAGAAAAAGAAGAGGGUCCGAGUUGACAAAUGGUGGGGAAAUAGAAAGGAACUGGCUACUGUUCGCACAAUCUGUAGUCAUGUGCAGAACAUGAUCAAGGGUGUUACACUGGGCUUCCGUUACAAGAUGAGGUCUGUGUAUGCUCACUUCCCCAUCAACGUCGUUAUUCAGGAGAAUGGUUCUCUUGUUGAAAUCCGAAAUUUCUUGGGUGAAAAAUACAUCCGCAGGGUUCGGAUGAGGCCGGGCAUUGCUUGUUCAGUAUCUCAAGCCCAGAAAGAUGAGUUAGUUCUUGAAGGAAACGACAUUGAACUUGUAUCAAAUUCAGCUGCUUUGAUUCAGCAAGCCACAACAGUUAAAAACAAGGAUAUCAGAAAAUUUUUGGAUGGUAUCUAUUUUUCUGAAAAAGGAACAGUUCAGCAGCCUGAUGAAUAAGAUCUAAGUUGUCCAGCUACAGAAACAGCAAGAUGCCAGAUGAUUCCUCAGACUUAUUUGUGAUAUUUUAAAGACGCAAUAAAAGCUAUGUACUGA